AUGUCUUGUAUGGUAACUGUAUCUUACUGGUUUUCAAUCAAUGGCACUCCAUCCAAGAUUCUAAGAGCAAAAAGAGGGUUGAGGCAGGGAGACCCCAUCCCACCUCUCUUAUUUGUGAUCAUUAUGGUAUAUUUGCACAAAACCUUCCAAAGUUUGCAAUAUAACCCUAAUUUUAACUUCCACCCCAAAUGUAAGUUAAAGAUCAUUAACUUGUUGUUUUCCAGAUGA